GGGAUAAAUGCAAGAACAAGUCUGUAUUUGAAUACAAGUGUUCUUGCUCCUAGGUGGCAAUAUUAGUAAGAAAUAGUAAAUAAUUUGAUUUGCUGUAAAAUGCAGUUUUUUCAGUUAUGCCCUUUAUUGCAAAUUCACUGUUUUGGAUUAAAAUAUCAAGGAAAUUCAGCUAUAUACCAAGUCCAUGCUAUUUUUCGGAUUAAUUUCUUUACUUCUUUCUGUUCACAUUCAAAAGAUUCAGAUCUUAAUCUGCCUUCUUAGUGACUGAAGGUAAGAACCAUUUCAUUUUAAAUUCAGCAUGCAUGAAUGGUUACAAUACAAAUAACCAGUAUACUUAAAUACGGUGCACAGUACUGCACAGAACAAACUAAAGGAGAAUAAAUCCACCACUAUUUCACUAUCGUUGUCAAGAAGAUGUUACAGAAUACAUCCACAAUACAACAUCAGUCUGGGGAGGGCCAGAAUCUCUUGCUCUUUUAACAUUCACAAAUGCAUAUUUUCUUAGUAUGGGACCAUAAUAAGGAGAAUGUAAAUGUUGGAACAUGACCAAUAGUCAGAAAUACUGGUGUUAUCACUGUCAGUUUCAUUGAGCACAUAAAUACUGUGGGUGCAAUUAUACCUUAAACUUCUUUAAUUCCUUCAGCCAAUCUAUAAUCAUGACCUCAGACUCUGAAAUGGCUGUAUUUGGAGAGGCGGCUCCUUUUCUCCGGAAACCGGAGAAGGAGAGAAUUGAGGCUCAGAAUCGUCCAUUUGAUGCUAAAGCAGCCUGCUUUGUGACAGAUGACAAAGAAAUGUACAUCAAAGGCACUAUACUGAGUAGAGAGCCGGGGAAAAUCACUGUCAAAAUCGAGCAAGAUGACCGUGUAAGUAGGAAUUUAACCUACCUGUUUCACUGAAUGGUUCUUGGUUACCUAGUUGAAGGUUGGCCAGUUUCUGCAGUCUAGGGUACCACUUUGUUUUUCCAGAAAGUGGUCUGGAGACUGGGAGUAGUCAACCAUUAAAAUAUUGGCACUAUCUAACCAUAAACACUUGGGAAUUAUGAAGCAAAUAUGCUAAGUCCUAGUAUUACAUGCCAACAUGUAUAGUGCCACAACACACACAAAACUCAAAAGAGAUGUUUAACAUUAAUUGUGUUGAGAUGAAAGAUAAGGAGUUUUGUGAAUCUUAUCAACUCUCCCUCCAUGGCAGCCUUCUUUCUAGUGGUUUUCAAGUAGGCUUUUAAAUUCAGGACAGUAUCUGUUGUUGGGUCAUGUCUCUGCUGCUUCAGGAACCAUUUUAAUAUUAUUAUUUUUAUGAAAUCAACCUAAGUUGGAGUUCAUUUAGCACUCCCUCAAAAAUAUCUUUCAGCCACCAAAAUGUUCAGCACUAAACAUUAAAAUGUGGGGUCCCUACUGGAAAUUUAUAAAUAGUAGGAUCAAGGUAACACAAUCCCAGAGACCUCUAGUUGAAAAUAAUGGCCUACUUUCAAAAUACUUACCUCUCCCAUAUUUGUUCAUCUUCUCUAUAACCCUUUUCCUCCCAGACUGUGACAGUUAAGGAAGAUCAGGUUUUUGCCAUGAAUCCUCCCAAAUUUGAUAAAAUUGAGGACAUGGUUAUGAUGACCCAUCUCCACGAGCCUGCUGUCUUGUAUAACCUCAAAGAGCGUUAUGCUUCUUGGAUGAUCUAUGUAAGUUGAAACUGAAUCUGAAGCCUAGUUUGUUUCUUUUUCAAUCCAUCAACUACGUACCAUGAUAUGCAUUAUCUCCUUUUUCUUCAGACCUACUCAGGUCUCUUCUGUGUCACUGUCAACCCUUACAAGUGGCUGCCGGUAUAUAACCCAGAAGUAGUGUCUGGUUACAGGGGCAAAAAACGGCAAGAGGCGCCUCCUCAUAUCUUCUCUAUCUCUGACAAUGCCUAUCAGUUUAUGUUAACUGGUGAGUACUCAGAAGUUAGUGUGCAACUAGAGUGCAAGGUUCAAACCUACACAUUACAGAAAUAUUUGAGGCAUAGAAAUUUAACAAAUUACAUGCACCACAGCCCUCAUUUUGGAGGGAUAUGCAUCCAUGUAGUCUUCUUAGCAUGAGCAGUAGGACCCAUUUGCCAGCAUCUCUUCCAACUAUCAGUGUCCAUCUCCUCAGCCCAAAUUCCAUUUGUUUCACCUUCCUUUUAGAGGUGAGGCUAAACAGGUAAAAUUCUGUCUGAGAAGAUGGAGAUUGAUAGUUGAGAGUGAAGGAGAGAUGCUGGUUGGAUGAAGCUGUCCCACCAUUACCGAAGAACAAGAGGACUGAGCUUCAAGCAUUUCAAAAGGAGCAAGAGAAGUGAUUCGCAUUCCUUCACAAUUCCUUCUAUGCAAAUUGCUUCUUUCGGCAUAAUAUCAGAAGUCAGAUAAGAUGGUUUGCCCAACCAUCACAGAUACCGUAUUUUUCAUUCUAUAAGAUGCACCAGACCACAAGCUGCACCUAGUUUUUGGAGGAGGAAAACAAGAAAAAAAAUAUUCUGAAUCCUAGAAGCCAUAACAGCAAGAGGGAUCGUUGCACAGUGAAAGCAGCAAUCCCUCUUGCUGUUCUGGCUUCUGGGAUAGCUGCGCAGCCUACAUUCGCUCCAUAAGACGCACACACAUUUCCCCUUACUUUUUAGGAGGGAAAAAGUGAGUCUUAUAGAGCAAAAAUUACGGUACUUUUUGAGAGAGGUGCUUUAGACAUUUAUCUAGUUAUUUGAAGUAGGAUCUUUGGUGGAAAGCUAGUGCUAUAAGCUCAUUGACUGGGGAAGGUCUUGUUUUCUCCAGUUCCUGCCAACUUUCCAAAGGCAGUCAAGUUGAAGAAAUUAUUAGAUAUGGUACAUGGGAGACGAGGUGGCAAGGUUCAUGUUUCUAUCCCAUGUCCUCUAAUGCCCGCUUUCUGACACUCCUCACCUUCCAGCAUCCCCAUACCUGAAACACUCUCUACUAUAAGAAAUUGGAAGAGGGUGACAAGAUGCCAUUCUGAAGUGAUCCUCUUACAUAUACAUAGCACAGUUUAUCCAUAGCAUGUUUUCAGCUGACUAAUCUGUAAGAAGGAGACGGACCAUAGUUCAGUGGCAGGGUACAAGUUUUGCAAGCAAAUGGUCAAUGUUCAGUCCUUAGCAUCUCCACUUGGGGCUGCAAAAGUUCCCUAUCUGAAAUGCUGAGAACCACUGCUAGUCAGUAUAAGCAGUAAUGAGCUUUAUGAACCCUAGAUCUGACUCUUCCUAAGCAGAAUCCUCAGAUCAGCCCUCACAGAGUUUGACUAGAAACAGAACUGACUGGUAUCUCCUUUUUACCUUUCAGAUCGCGAAAACCAGUCAGUCCUGAUUACGUGAGUAUUCCCCCCCCCCCCCGAAUAGCUAAAUGUUGUAGGAGCGGAUAAUACAGUCAUUGGUUGUUUCCACACUUCAGGUUGUUUACAAAACAAAACAAAAUUGAAUAUGGAAACAGAAGUACAGUGGUACCUCGGGUUAAGUACUUAAUUCGUUCCGGAGGUCCGUUCUUAACCUGAAACUGUUCUUAACCUGAAGCACCACUUUAGUUAAUGGGGCCUCCUGCUGCCGCCACGCCGCAGGAGCCCAAUUUCUGUUCUUAUCCUGAAGCAAAGUUCUUAACCUGAAGCACUAUUUCUGGGUUAGCGGAGUGUGUAACUUGAAGCGUAUGUAACCUGAAGCGUAUGUAACCCGAGGUACCACUGUAUUUAAUUACUGGCAAACAAGCCAAGGGGAAAAAAGCAGGGGGGGUAAUAAUCACCACAAUAAGAAAGAAAGACUAAGAUAAUUAGUUUGGACUUCUUUGUUCCAACAGUGGAGAAUCCGGUGCAGGAAAAACUGUGAACACCAAGCGUGUCAUCCAGUACUUUGCAACAAUUGCAGUUGCUGGGGACAAGAAGAAGGAACCUCAACCGGGUAAAAUGAAGGUUUGUGAUACUGAUAAAGUUUUCAAUGGCUAUUUCAUACUGUUGUUAUUCUGGAAAUAUCAGUAAUGCACUCUAACUUUAGCAGAUGUAAAAAUCAAAAUUAGCUGAACACAGAGAGAAAUGUAAGCGACUUACAUUAACCAUUUCACAGAAUCACAGAAUCACAGAACUGUAGAGUUGGAAGGGACCCUAAGGAUCAUCUAGUCCAACCCCCUGCAAUGCAGGAAUAUGCAGCUGGUCCAUACAGGGAUCGAACCUGCAACCUUGGUGUUAUCAGCACCAUGGUCUGCAUCCCUUCUCUUGAAGGGAGAUGUCAUUUUAAAGUUUUGUGUAGUUCAACAGAAUGCUUAAAGCUGCCAUAAUGAUAUGUGCUCUUCAAUGCUUUCAAAGCACAAUUUCACAGGAAAUUUCUCAUGUUAUAAUUAGGGAACCCUGGAGGAUCAAAUCAUCCAGGCUAAUCCUCUACUGGAAGCCUUUGGCAAUGCCAAGACAGUGAGAAAUGACAACUCUUCACGUUUUGUAAGUUCUGACCGUUUAUGUAUGUAUGUAUGUAUGUAUGAAUUGCUCAGUUGUGCAGAAAAUCUGUGUGUUAUAAAUUAAAUAUGUGUUCACUUCCUACCAAAUUUGCAAGAGGAGACUUAUACCAAUCUUCAAUUCACCAGGGAAAAUUUAUCAGAAUUCAUUUUGGGACCACAGGAAAGCUGGCAUCUGCAGACAUUGAAACCUGUGAGUGGCUGCCCCAUUUCUACUUGAUAAAUAAAUUAAGCACAGUAUUACAAAGAACACCUUGGACUUUGCUUAUUUGUUUUUAUAUUCAAAUUCUCACAGAUCUUCUGGAGAAAUCUAGAGUGACAUUUCAGCUUUCUGCUGAGAGGAGCUACCACAUAUUUUACCAGAUAAUGUCAAAUAAGAAACCAGAGUUGAUUGGUAAGAGGAAGCAACGUGGAAAUCCAUUUUACUGUCUUUAUUCAAGCUAUUCAAAAGGAAACCAACAUAGUUGCUCUUUUUUAUUUUUUUGCUUGCAGACCUUAUGCUCAUUUCCACCAAUCCCUAUGAUUUCCCAUUUGUGAGUCAGGGGGAACUCACUGUGGCCAGCAUAGAUGAUGCGGAAGAGCUAUUAGCAACUGAUGUAAGUCUCCCUGAGGGUGUUUGAAAGUGAUCAUUUUAUAGUGCCCUAAAUGCACAUUUGUUUCUCGGUUGAUGAGGGGGAUCCAGAUAUCUUUUCCCAAAGAAAGGAUCCUAAUGCAGAGUGAUUGCAUUUGCCCAGCAGUCCAACUUAGCACAUGAAUUGAAGCAGUGCUAUGUGAAAUCUGGUUCUGUGUGGUUAUGAGCACUUAUUGACAGUUUCCACUGGGACAAAACGAGUUACAAAUUCAUUGUUUGCCCAGUUUUCCAGAAACAUGAAGUACCCAGAAAGAUAAGUACCAGAGUAGUCUAUGAAAGUGUUCUAAAUUUGUUGUGGAUAAGCUUAACAUUUCACAGCAAGAAUUUAUUAUGCAAAUUAAGACAUUUCUGAAGAUACGCAGCAAAAAUAAUUAUUGAUUUGGCUUAUCACAAUAUACAAUUGGAAAUAUCUGGAAUGUGGAAUACUGCAAAUUAAGCUUUGGUAAAAUGCAUGUUUGGGAAUAUUUGGAGGACAUUGAGGAUCAGUGAGUGUUAGAAGGAAUGCAUUGAGUAUUUUAAUGGAAAUCAUUGUUGGUGCUUCUUCUAAUCUUACUUUCAACCUGAAGGCAGAAACAUCAGGUGAAAAUGUCUAUUUAUUUAUUUUUAAUUUUAUUAAGGAUUUUCUUGUUUUACAGAAGUAAGUGUAAUGCCUCGUAUUUCCCCCCCCCCCCAUGUAACAUUUUUACAAAUCCGUUUCAUUUGUUGAGGCAUUAGGGGGAGAAGAAAAAAAGGAAAAAAGAAAGGGGUGGGUGGAGAGAGGGAAGAUGGAUGGGGGUGGGGUCGGGUGGCGGUGUUUCUAUUAUGUUUAAUGUAUGUACAGUUUGGUGUCAGCGUUGCUUGUGUUGUUCACUUGUGUUCCUUUGGUGGUGAGAGAGGUUGGGGUUGGCCUAGGGUGUGAUUGUUUGCUUGUGAUUGGCUGUGGUGAUCUUUGUUUUCGUGUGUGAGUGAGGUGGGUGGGUGUUUUGGAUCGGGUUAGCCAUAUUGAUUUGUAUGCUGUUGGUGGAUUAUUGUCAUUGUCUUGUUGGGCUGUGUAUGUGAUAAAGGGGAGCCAUACCGGGGUGAAGGCGUCUUCUUCUGUUUGUCCCCGUGUCAGUUUCAGUUUAUUAGUUAAUUUUUCUAGUAGGGCUGUUUCCCAUACUAUUUGGUACCAUUGGUCCAUGUUUACUCCUGACAGGUCUCUCCAGUGUCUGGUUAUGGUGUUUCUGGCUGCUGAAAGUAGGUGGGUUAUGAGUACUUUGUGGUGUAAAUGGGCAUUGUUGUCUUGGAAGAUGUUUAGUAGGGCCAAUUCUGGGGUGAUGUCUAUUACUUGCUUAGUUAUUUUACAUAUUUCUUGUAUGGCUGUUGUCCAGAAUAGUUGGAUUUUGGGACACUCCCACCACAUGUGGAAGUAUGUGCCUGUGGAGGUGCACCCUCUCCAGCAUUUUGGUGAGGUUCCUGGGUGUAUUAGCGCUAGUUUCCUUGGUGUUAGGUACCACCUGUAGGUGAGUUUCAGUGUGAGUUCUUUUCUUUUCGUUGAUAUGGAUUUAAAGGGGGGUUUAGACCACAUUCUGGUCCAUUGAGUGGGGUUAAUCUCAUAGCCUAUGUAAUUUUCCCAUUGUUUUUUGAUUGCAUCUAAGGGAUUUGCGGGAUUUUGGAGUAGUAUUUUGUAUAUUGCGGAUACCGUCCCUUUACCGUUUCCCUUUGUUGUUAGGAGGAGGUUUUCGAAGGUUGUCAGGGGCCUAGUUGCUGCUGAUUUUACUGUUGGGUUGUUUAAGAGGGCAUGUAGUUGGUGUUGUGUUAACCAGGGCAUUUGGGUGUCUUCUAGUUUGUCUUGUGUUGACAAGGGUUUGUUAUUUUUAUAAAAGUCUAUUAGGUGAUAUAAGCCUUUGGUUUGCCAGGUUUUUAUCUGGAGGUUUUGUGCUGCAUGGUGGAAUAAUGGGUGGUACGCCAGGGGGAUUAGUGGGGAUGGGGUUGGGGAUAGUUUGCCUAUUUGUGUUUUCCAUGCUUUGAGCAUGGUCUGUGUGUACCUGUUAAGUGUUGUGGGGAUUUUCUUUAGUUUGUUUGGGAGGAGUGGGUAUGUUGUGGUGCAGGUAUUGAAAAUGUCUAUUUGACAGUACUGCACACACUGUGUGCCGACAAGUCAAUUGACCAAACCAAUUAAGAGUGAUCCACAAAUGGAAACAGGUUUCUGCUGUUUCCAUUUGUGAAAAGAGCACAAAUGACUACUAAGAACUUGAGGAGGAAGAGCCUUUAUCUACUUGGUUACAGAUGAUCCUAGUGGACUGCCUGACAUAAUUUGGUGGUAGGAAGGGAGUAAUUUUUAUUUAUUUAUAUUGGUUAGUUGCUCUUCUUACAUAACUGAAAACAACUUACACUAAAACCAAUUAAGAACAACAAUAAGGAUAUACAGGACUUCAUCCAGUUGCCUCUUCCUCCACUCCCACCUACUUAACAGGUGACCUGUUUUAUCAGAGCUACUGACAGUGCUGCUGAUCACAUCUUAUGCAGAGCAAACUGUGACUUCUGUGACACAACAGUGGGCAGUCUUACAGUGUCCUAUACGUUUCCUUUGUCAGUUUGAGCAACUUUCAUGACAAGGGCAUUCCAAAACAUUCUGUGAGAAUACAGUCAAAAUAUCUCAAUUGCUACCAAUAACUGCAGUUGAGAUCAGAAUAUUAAAGCUUUUUUAUGAGUCCCUGGUUAUUUUUCUAUGCAUAAGAGAUUGUAAUUGGAUAGUUAGUUACCUGCAUCCUAACACAAACUGCAUCACUGUUUAAUCAAUUACAGAAGAUAAUGGUUGGGAUAUAGGAGUCUGUAAAAUUACAGAGGGCUUUUGCAUCCCCAAGUGGUACGAGAUGGUCAUUGCUGCUAGAGAACAGAAUUCACAAGAGUUCACCUUCAUUUCCUUUGGAGUGGUGAGGAGAGCUUUAGCUGAUUUCACCCUGUUAAAAAAAAGAAAAAAAGAUUGAGUUUAAUCUGAACAGUACGUUUCCUGAAAAUACAUUAGAGGGGAUGGAAGCACAUAGACAAAAAUAACCUUGUUGUUGUUAUUAACACAGCUUGUAGAUCAUAGACACGCCUGUAAAGCUCAGAAUGCUAUUAUGCAAGACAAAAAACUAGGAAUGGCAGAUCAAGGUUUCACACAUUGCAUAGGGCAAAAAGGAUAAUGGUGGGAUCUCUAUUCUAUGGAAAACUGGAAUAAAGGGUAUCCAGGUCAGCUUUGACUAUUUGGGUAAGUGAUGGUAUCUUAUAGGAAAUGACAUGAAAUAUUUCUUCCCUGAGAAAAACAACACUUACUUAGAUGUGUGGGUGGCCUUUAACUUUUCCACUUGCAGAAUCCACUAAUCCACUAUAGCAUUGUUAAUCGUUAUUAACAGGUAGGAGUGCUUCUGUCUCCUUUGUAUGAAUUAAGUGCUCUUCAUUUUUUAUUUUUGCUUUCAAACGCUAUCUACCAUUGGAGACUUCCACAAACUUAGCCUCUGUAUAUUUUUCUUGUUACUCUCUGCAGAGUGCCAUUGACAUCCUGGGCUUCACUGCUGAAGAGAGGGUUGGAAUCUAUAAGCUGACAGGGGCAGUGAUGCAUUAUGGGAACCUGAAAUUCAAGCAGAAGCAGCGGGAGGAGCAAGCAGAGCCAGAUGGUACUGAAGGUAAAUGUUACAUGGUACAUUGUCCUCAAGUCUGCAUUAUACGUGUUGACUGUGCUGUGGCCAGCUUUUUCUUUUUCUUUUCUUUUUUACAAUUUCCAAUUCAAUCUUUAUUAUUUUUAAAAAUAUACAUUUAUACAACAUUUAUACAACACUCUGUUUUUGUUUGUAACAAAAAAGAAAAUGAUGGCAACUGAAGCAAAGAUACUUUUUAUACCUCACAAUACACAUGACACUACCAUUUUUAGAAAGAAAGAAAAAAGAAAUAAAGAAAGAGAAAAGAAAAAGAAGAAAAAUAAAGAAGAAAAAGUAAUUGAGAUUUUAAAAAAGACUUCCAAACAUUGUCAUUGUACGUUAUCUGUUAAAUACACUUUUACUGCACAGUUACUUUUUUCUUAUAUUUUUUAUCGUAUUUCUAUGUAAAUUGUCAAUUACCUUUAUAUACUACAAGGCUCAGUCUAGGUCUGGCAGGAGAUUACCGUUUAUACCAUGGUGGCCAGCUUUUUCUGAUGACCAGAUUGUAUGUAAAUGCACGUUCCCAAAGUUCUGCUCCAUACUUUUAACAAAAAUGUACAAUGACUGGAUGAAAAUAUUAAAGCCAAUUACAUCCUAUAUGGGUAUUAUAUAAAGUCACCAUCUCUACAGACAACUGAAUGGCUUUUUUGUGGGUGUAACAGGGAGUUUCUGAAUGCUGUUGAUGACUCCAGAGCUGAUGGUGGACUGUAUAAAGUUAAUAUUUGUUUUUGUUUUCAUUUACUUAUAUCUAGUGGCUGACAAAGCAGGCUACUUAAUGGGCCUAAACUCUGCAGAUUUGCUUAAAGGUUUGUGCUACCCACGAGUGAAAGUUGGAAAUGAAUAUGUGACUAAAGGACAAAAUGUUCAGCAGGUACAUUUUCAUUGUGAUAUUUGCUUUUAAACUAGCAGUUUUGUCCUGAAGUAUUUUAUAUAUUUAAAUGUAUGCAUUAAAUUGAUUGUAGGCACACCGCAGGCCUCAGUAGGACCCUCGGGGAAUGUAACAAUAUAUCAAACCUUAAUAAACUUGAAACAAUAUAUUUGGAAAAAACAGAACAAUUAUAAAGCACUAUGAUAAAUAACAAUGCAUGUCCAAAACAGGAGCAGAUUCCAGCAGACCCACAGUGAAAUCUGGAAAGAAAAAUGAAAAUGUCUCAAGAACAAACUAGCCUCAAGCUUCUUAACACAUGAAAGGCAAAAUUGAGUGGUUCUUCCAAACAUGUGUAUAGGGGAGUUUUACAGUGAGAACAUUACAAUGGAGAUGUGCCAGCCAACCUCAUAUCAAACAAUGCUAGUGCUGGGAGCAUGAUCUUGCCUGAUGAGCAGAGCACUCAGGGAGUACUCAUAUAGGAAAGAUUUCCUGACAUUCAAGCCAUUUAUGGCUUUUAAGGACAAGAGCAGCACAUGAAAAUUAAUUGGAAGCAAGUACAGCUCUUUUUUUAAUAGAAAUUCUUCACUUGCUUCUCAUUGGGAUAGGUGUACAAUUCUGUGGGUGCACUUGCAAAAUCUGUCUACGAGAAGAUGUUCCUGUGGAUGGUGACACGCAUUAACCAGCAGCUGGACACCAAACAGCAAAGGCAGCAUUUCAUAGGGGUGCUGGACAUUGCUGGCUUUGAGAUCUUCGAUGUAAGUGAAAAUUAAUCCUACACAACAAAAUAAAAAACCAUUCAAAAUGUCUGUGCUCAUUUAAAAAUACAAAAACUAUUAUUUUGCUUGUAAAGUACAACAGCCUGGAGCAGCUGUGCAUCAACUUCACCAACGAGAAACUGCAACAGUUUUUCAACCACCACAUGUUUGUGCUGGAGCAAGAGGAGUACAAGAAAGAAGGAAUCGAUUGGGAGUUCAUUGACUUUGGAAUGGACCUGGCUGCCUGCAUUGAACUCAUUGAGAAGGUAAGAGGUGCUUCCUGUUUUAACUCUCAGCAUUUCUUGGCAAAAGGCCUCCAAUUAAAUGAAUUUCUGUACCUGAGCAGUUCAACCUAUAAUUCUGACUUAAUACUUAAACAGUUGUUCCUUUGUGGUAUUUUUAUCCUAUACUAAACAAGGUGAGUGGGUGAACCAUGCCAUCAAAAAUGAUGAGAUGGGAAUGAGUCAAUAGAAAGCAAGGCAAAUGGGACAGGUGGGCAUGAAGGGCUGAGGAUCUGAGAAGAACAUUGCAGGGCCUAGACAAGUACAGUGGUACCUCGGGUAAAGUACUUAAUUCGUUCCGGAGGUCUGUACUUAACCUGAAACUGUUCUUAACCUGAAGCACCACUUUAGCUAAUGGGGCCUCCCGCUGCCACUGCGCCGCCGGAGCACGAUUUCUGUUCUCAACCUGAAGCAAAGUUCUUAACCUGAAGCACUAUUUCUGGGUUAGCGGAGUCUGUAACCUGAAGCACAUGUAACCUGAAGCGUAUGUAACCCGAGGUAACACUGUAGUAGAUCAUGGAAGAGCAUGAAGAUGAGGCGCACCUGAAUACUGCACACCUGCGUGGCCUGAUGAAUAGACAAGGAAUUUUCAGAGAGAGGAAGCUGAUACAGGGACACAAGCAAGUUGCAGUGGAACACAGUGAGAAGAUUCAGUAAAGCUAACUGGGCCCAGGAUAUUAAAUAAGUUGAGCAGGGGCUAGGCUUAGCUCCUUUCUUGGAAAGCUCUGAUGAUCAUAAUGAUGAUCAUGAAAGUGGUAUCGAUUGGAGGGUGCCUUUGGUUUAAUAUAUUCAGUUUAACCUAUCUCUCCAACAGGUUUCUCGAGGCAGAUUACAAACGUGUCACAUUUUGCACUCCCAGUGGUCCUGCUGCGUAGGUUAGAUUGAAUUAUAGUAGCAAGCAUUUGAACCCAACAGUGUAUCUGUUGCAUCACACAUGACUCCAUCUGCCUCUCAUAUUUGGUGCUUUCAUGACAGCAAAAACUGAUUUCCAACAGAAACUGUUGGUUUUGAAUCAGUAAAAAAUAAUAAUGCCUUGUGUCAUUUAAUGUCAAUGCAUAGUUAUUAACUUUACAUUCAGAGGCAAUAGCAAUGCUCCAGAAUAGUACUUGUGAUGCAGAACAGUGAUGCAUUGUACAAUCCACUGAACAAUGUCUGUUUCUCUACAUCUGCUCUCCUUGUUCCCUCCAGCCAAUGGGCAUUUUCUCCAUCCUAGAAGAAGAGUGCAUGUUCCCCAAGGCAACAGACACAUCUUUCAAGAACAAGCUCUAUGACCAGCAUCUUGGCAAAAGCAACAACUUCCAGAAACCCAAGCCUGUCAAAGGCAAGGCUGAGGCCCACUUCUCCCUGGUCCAUUAUGCUGGCACUGUGGACUACAACAUCAGUGGGUGGCUGGACAAGAACAAGGACCCCCUGAAUGAAACAAUUGUAGGACUGUAUCAGAAAUCAUCACUGAAAUUGUUGUCCUUCCUUUAUUCCAACUAUGCUGGUACAGAUGCAGGUGAGCACUAUUUCUGAAAAGCAUAAAUCUGUUUAACAUCUUUUGCUUCUUGUUUAUCUCUGUUUGAAUCUCUUGAUUCAGCCAUUCUGAUAGGGAAUCAGAAGAAUUGCUUCGCCUGGGUCCAUGUGUCCACAUAGCCACACAGAAGCCACAUACUGUAGCUCCCAUUCAUAGCCCAGGCUGACAUCCUGCUCACCUAUUCUAGAUGCACGUAGGGAAUUGCAAGGUCAGAUGAGACCUCUGGGUAUAGGGUGAUAUAUAAACUCAAUAAAUUAUAAUAAUAAAUUAUAUGUAGGGGAACAGAAACUCAGCAAGUUUUGGGGAUACUGAUUCUUGCAGUUCUGGUAAGACACUAAAGAACUAAAACAAAAGUUCUCUUGCAAACUUAGUUUUAAAUUGAACUAAAAGGGAAAAGAUUACUAAAAGGGAAAAAAGGCAGGGUAUUAUUAUUAUUAAUAAUAAUAAUAAUAAUAAUAAUAAUAAUAAUAAAUAUCUACACCAGAGGUCAGGUUUCCUGCCGCUGUUUGUUGUGUCAUUGAAUUCAGUUCUCAUAGAUAUUAGCUCCAAUCCAGAGAAAGUUAGUUCUCCCAUUACAAUCAGUGGGGCUUAAAUUAAUUGUGACAAACUAGUUCUACUGAUUUCGCUGAUAUUUAUAUGUUACUCUUACAUACAACUACUUCUCCUGGAUUGUGUCCAAAAACAGGAAACUCACAGACUUAGCAGUGAUUUACUCUGAAUACAUGGAUCAUGGAUCCUUUAUCUUACCUUGAUCUGGUGCUCUUUUCCAAGGUAUAUACUACCUCAUCUCUUUCCCAGCCAUCACAGAACUAGCUGAAUGGAUAUGUAUGCUAUUUAAUAUCUCAAGAGACAGGGAGGAUUCUGUUUAAGAGUAUAGCAUCUCACAUGGCUGCUGUUUUGUUUGAAAGGUGACAGCGGCGGCAGCAAAAAAGGUGCCAAGAAGAAGGGUGGCUCUUUCCAGACAGUAUCCGCUGUAUUCAGAGUAUGUGGCACUUCUUUCAGCUCUCCCCUUUAUAGUAUAGAUUAACAUGGGAAACAGACCUGUGUGCUACUGCAUUUAGAACCCAUUUCUUUUCUUCUGAUACAGGAGAAUUUAAACAAGCUGAUGACCAAUCUGAGAAGCACUCAUCCUCACUUUGUGCGCUGUCUAAUUCCUAAUGAGACUAAGACGCCCGGUGAGUUACUGUGUCUCGUUGUGUUGAAUCAUUCCCCUAUCUGAAGUUGGUAAAAUUAUUUUAUUAUGAAUAAUUUAAUGAUCAGGCAAGCUAUAUGCCUCUUAAUGGCUACAAGAUCUCCUUGCUCAGGAGUUCAUUUUUCCUCAAACAUCAGUCUCCCAAGCAAAUGUGCCACUUUGAUAUAAGGCACUUAAGAGCUAAGUUUAUUAAGUAGUAUCAAAAAGCUUUCAAAUUCCCAAGUUUAAACUGUAGAUUCCUGCCAAGAUUAUAAAUCUGGCCUUUAUUUUAUUAAUUACAUUUCUAUACCACCUGUCAGCUGAGGAUCACAGGGCAGUUUGCAUUAUAAAAACACAAAAAUACAUAACAUAGCGGCAAACAUAAACAAUAUUCCCCAAUAUUUUAGUUAAGUUCUUAUGAUUUGUCUAGCCAUGUCAGGUGACCCAUAUUUCAUGAAAUUAUGAGUCUACCUAUAAAUUUGACAUUCUUUCUUAAUUUCCCCUUUCUCCUUUGGUUUUAAAGGUGAAAUGGACCAUCACCUGGUGAUGCACCAGCUGCGGUGUAACGGGGUAUUGGAAGGUAUUCGGAUCUGUAGGAAAGGCUUCCCCAGCAGAAUCAUCUAUGCUGACUUUAAGCAACGGUACACUUUCCUCUAACGAUAUAAAAAGGCUACUUUUUUGCAAUUGCUGAAGUUGAUAUUUCAUAAAUAUAUUCUUUUGUAUAGGCCGUUUCAGCACCUAGUCAGAAAGACUCAGAAUUUAGUCAAUAACUGCAGAGUCUUGAGAGGAGAGAUUGUAUAGUUUCAUUUUUGUUCCUGAACUAUUUGGCCCUCUAAAUAUUGCUGAAAAGAGAGUAGAAACAAACUGGUAUUAAUGUUUUACUCUAUUUUCUUGGUUGUAUAAAUAACGAUUAAACGUAUGUAAUGAAAGGUGUGGUGCUCUAAUGGGGGGGUGCUUUUAGGAAGUAUCUGAUACUCACUUUAUAUAUGAUAUAACCAUAUUGGUUGUAACAUAUUCAGUUAGAUUCUGGGUGUCUUAUGGCCACAUGGUCUAUUACAGUCUUCCUCAAUUUAGGGAAGUUUUUUAAUAUUUGAUGAAUGAUUGUAUUUUAAUAUUUGCUGGAAGCCGCCCAUAGUGGCUGGGGAAACCCAGCCAGAUGGGCAGGGUAUAAAUAAUAAAUUAUUAUUAUUAUUAUUAUUAUUAUUAUUAUUAUUACUACUACUACUAACUAAAAGGGUGGGAAUGAUCACACUCCUUGGGUCUCUGCCACCUGAGAAACAUUCUAAUGGGAGGUAGGGUUCCAUUUGUGUAGAAAAGAACCCAUUCAUGUGUUUGGAAUGCUCAUUCACUGUCCAGCACUGUCCAGUAACAGUGUGGAAGUUACUCCCACAUGUGUGCGUGUGCAUGUGUUUUGUGUGAAGAGCUCCCAUGUAUAUUAUUCUACUGUUCUCCUUAUUCGGAUACUGUUUCCCCAUUAAGACCCUAGUGUAUUGUGUUACUGACUUCAGUUCUCCCACCUCUCUGUUCCUUUCUGCCUUUCCUACCACAGCUACAAAAUUCUUAAUGCCUCUGCAAUUCCUGAAGGCCAGUUUAUUGACAGCAAGAAGGCUUCUGAGAAGCUUCUCUCUUCCAUUGAUGUGGAUCAUAAUCAGUACAGAUUUGGCCAUACUAAGGUAAGUACAAGCACGGAGUUUGACAGUUGUUUCCAGCAAAUAAAAAAUGGAUGAAGUGCAUGAGAGGAGAACGAUAGAAAAGAACAGGUAGUAUAUUGGGGUUGCCUAAUUUAUUUAUGCAUGGCUAAUUCCCCUUUGGGACGCGGGUGGUGCUGUGGGUUAAACCACAGAGCCUAGGACUUGCCGAUCAGAAGGUCGCCGGUUCGAAUCCCCGCAACAGGGUGAGCUCCCGUUGCUUGGUCAAGAAUGAGUUAGACCAAGUUUUGGGACGUGGGUGGUGCUGUGGGUUUGGGACGUGGGUGGCGCUGUGGGUCAGAAGGUUUGGCAGUUCGAUUCCCUGCGACGGAGUGAGCUCCCGUUGCUCGGUCCCAGCUCCUGCCAACCUAACAGUUCGAAAGCACGUCAAAGUGCAAGUAGAUAAAUAGGUACCACUCCGGCGGGAAGGUAAACGGUGUUUCCGUGCGCUGCUCUGGUUCACCAGAAGGCUGGUUCAAGGCCUGCUGAUCUUUCUGAAUCUGUGGCCUCAUCCUCCUAAAACAAUGAGCCACAACCUGGUGUCAUGACACUGGCUUGGGAUUUCCCCUGAAAAACCUGAAGAAAUUUCCUGAGCUACCCAGAAGCCUUGGACAGAAGUCUCUUUCUGUUUCUCUCCCCUCCCACACACAUACCAGCACCCUUUUCCUUUAACAUGACAAUAGUGCUGAGAGCAAGAAUAAAAGAUAGAGAAGGGGUAAGGAUCAUCCACUUUUCAUACCACUUUUCUCUCCCCUUGUUAGUACUAUGUGCUUGUUUAGUGAUAACUUUUGUUUCAAACUUACCAAAACAUCACAGGUAUUCUUCAAGGCUGGCCUCCUUGGGUUGCUGGAAGAGAUGAGAGAUGAGAAACUGGUAGCCCUCAUCACCCACACACAGGCUAUGUGCAGAGGUUACCUCAUGAGGCUUGAAUUCCAAAAGAUGAAUGCAAGAAGGUAACUAGCCAUUUCCUUGCUCAACCUCCAGAGAGCAGCUCACUAAAACUUGUUUGUACACAUUAAUGUCUGAAUAUGUCAGUAUUAAAUGUAUGGUCUUCUGUACAGAAUGAAGACCAUACAGUGUCAUACUUAGUUCCCUGUCUCAUACCUAAACUUUUGGCAAAGCUAGGAUAUGUAUUUUUGACGCAAAAUCUGGCACUGUUACUUUCUCAUCUUCAACAUUUGAACGUUGCUUUGGCAAAGCUUGUUGCUCCUUUUUGCUACAAAUGUAAUGCAGGUAUUUUGGAAUUCCCCUGCACUCUUUUUAUUUGGAAACGACCAGUUUGAGUUUAUUGUGCUAGCCAAAGGCCCAUGCCAAAAUAUAGAAAAACAAACUAUUUCAGAUACAACAUAUAAAUCAAGGCAUCGACUAAAACAGAGUCAUCAAUUUUUAGUGAAACUACAGAUAUAGACCCCUGAAUCCCUGUUACAGUUCACAACUAUGUUGUCCAAUUCCUUUUUCCUAAUCUUUCUUGCCACCAGCAUGAGAAAGGCCACUUUAUAAGUCACUAACACAUUGGAGUAACCACUGAACCUGCUCCAUUGAGGGAUAAUUGCUUGCUUGAGCAAGUAAGUUUUAGAAAGUGGCUCCUCAGGUCAGCAUAUAAGGGCCAAUAUAACAAAUAAUGAAAAAUAUAUUCUACCUGUAAUUGACCAGUCUGCUUUAGGUGAUUACUACUGAUAAAGAUCAGUGCUUAUUUAGUAUUGAAACAUGUGCCUCUGAAAUCACUUUCCGCUUAAGUCCCUUACUUUCCAUACAUUCGCAGAGAAUCAAUUUACGUAAUUCAGUACAAUGUCCGUUCAUUCAUGAACGUCAAGCACUGGCCCUGGAUGAAGCUAUAUUUCAAGAUCAAGCCCUUGCUAAAGAGUGCUGAAUCAGAGAAAGAGAUGGCCAACAUGAAAGAAGAAUUUGAGAAAACUAAAGAAGAUCUUGCAAAGUCAGAAGCAAAACGAAAGGAGCUUGAGGAAAAAAUGGUGACUCUGGUGCAAGAGAAGAAUGACCUUCAGCUUCAAGUUCAGUCUGUAAGUAACGUGUAUUCUCCUAGUUGCACUUCUGAUUACCACCGUCCAUUGUAGAGAGAACACUCAGUGGGCAAGCUGAGAGCAAUAACCUUCAACCUGGUUACUGACAAUCUUGGAGAUCUUGUAGAUGAGCUUCUGGAAAGAGCAUACUGCCAUCUAGUCCUGCUUGACAGAGGAUUCAGUGGCAGUAAUCACAGCAGCACUCCUGAUUUUUAUAUUAAAAAAUAAAUACACAUGUCUGGCUUCUUCUUUUCGUUCUAUAGGAAAGUGAAAGUUUAGCAGAUGCUGAGGAAAGGUGCGAUGGACUCAUCAAAAGUAAGAUUCAGCUAGAAGCUAAGAUAAAAGAGUUGACUGAAAGGCUGGAGGAUGAGGAGGAGAUGAAUGCUGAGUUGACGGCCAAGAAGAGGAAACUUGAAGAUGAGUGCUCAGAGCUGAAGAAAGACAUUGAUGACUUGGAACUAACAUUGGCCAAAGUGGAGAAGGAGAAGCAUGCAACAGAAAACAAGGUGAAAAGAGACUACAGAGUCAUAGUGCCAUUAUGACCCCUCUCGGUUCUGUCCCCCUGCCAACAUGAAAGUAAAAUUUUAAAUCAGUACAGUGGUACCUCGGGUUAAGUACUUAAUUCGUUCCGGAGGUCUGUUCUUAACCUGAAACUGUUCUUAACCUGAAGCACCACUUUAGCUAAUGGGGCCUCCUGCUGCCGCUGCACCGCCAGAGCACGAUUUCUGUUCUCAUCCUAAAGGCAAAGUUCUUAACCCGAGAUACUAUUUCUGGGUUAGCAGAGUCUGUAACCUGAAGCGUAUGUAACCUGAAGCGUAUGUAACCCGAGGUACCACUGUAGUAAGGAAAGGAAGGAAAAGAUAGCUUACUUAAACUUAAGAAGUUUUGGCUACUGGUUUGUUCCUUCAACUUUUGUAUUGCAGCACUUGGAGUUUGGGGUUUAGAUGUUCAGCAUCCAGAUUCAUAUUUUUCGGUGCUGCCAUGAAGCUCAGUAGGUGGCCCUGAGCAAAUCAAAUGAUAUCUCAGGGUUGUUGUGUGUUUUUUACAGAGUUGUGAGUUCAAAAGGGAAUGUUAUACAUCUUGCUUUGGAUCUUUGAGACUGAUUAGGGAAAAAAAAUAUAAUAAUGUAUCAGGUUGUAUCCAGUGCUGUCCCCAUUCAGAGUAGACAUGACUAAGGGCUCAUCCACACUUACGUUUUGCCCCAUGCUUUCUAGGCACAGGCCCACACUUUUCUGGUCCAAGUCUGAGCCCUUUUUAAUUUUUUUGCCCCACUGCUUCCUCCAGGAAAAUCUGCUCGUUAAUGCUGAAUCAGAACAAACAGCAAUUUUGGUUUUCCGUGGCUUGCCAUUUGCUCUGAAUCAACACUAAAGAACAGGUUUUCGCAGGGAAAGUGCCUGCGAUGGGGGGCAGGGAUGUUCAGGCAGGGAACCUUAAAACGCGGACCUGUUCCUAGAAAUGCAGAGCAAAGGUAAGUGUGGAUGAGCCCUAUCUUAGCUUCAUUAAUUCCACAUUAAUGUCCAUAAAUUGGAGAGUGCAGAAUAAUGAAACUGAUUUUUUAUUUGGUUGCAAAAUAUAUUUAACUUGCCUGACAGAAUUCUUCCUACUGGUCCUGUUGGAAGAUUAUGCUUGGCCCUUUGCAUAUUGUGAAGGGGAUUUUUUUUUCUACUCGUCGCAUUUGUAUUUUUAGAUUUCAUGGGCAAAAAAGAGACAAAAAUCAGCUUUUGCCCAAUCUUUCUGUGUAACUCAGUGUUCUUUAUUGCACUAUUUCAGUUUUGUAAUGAAGAGGUCAGGAGGCAUUUCUGAGGAAAGUCUCAUUGUGUUGCCACAUCUGUAACUAGUGCUGCUCGUUACAUAUGUAUAGGAUUUUAGCAGACACCAGCCUUUGGGUGAUAUCAUAUUCAGAGUAGACCCACUGAAAUCAAUGAACAACUUCCUUACAUCCAUUUACUUCAGUGGUUCUACUCAGCACAUGACUUAGUUGGGUAUUACCCUAUGUUAUUUUCUCACUCAUAAGACAAGGACUGCAUAUAAUCACCCGUAAUGAGGAAACACUCAUAAAUGGAGGUCUUUAUUGUUUCUUAGGUUAAAAAUCUUACUGAGGAGAUGGCAGCUUUGGACGAAAACAUCUCCAAGCUCACCAAAGAGAAGAAAAGCCUCCAAGAAGCUCACCAGCAGACUUUAGAUGACCUCCAGGCAGAGGAAGACAAAGUGAACACUCUGUCCAAAACCAAAUCGAAACUUGAACAGCAAGUUGAUGAUGUAAGAGAAUUUUUAGUGUUGAGAGGACACAAUAAAAGCACUGGGAGAACUGAAGUCUAUUUGCAGUUAUACACACUGGCUAGAACCAAUGUUGAACCUGCUAAAUCUUUUUUUUUUGUACUAGUCCUCAGUUCUAUAUCUGCCUGAUAUCAUCAGUCCUCUCCUCCAGGCUUAGGAAGGCAGUGGGAGCACAGAACUAAUGCAACCCGAGGCACCAUUUAACUGACUAAACAUGGGCAUAAAUAUCUUCAAGUAAGGGCCUUUACUCUUGCCAGAAGUUCGGCUCUGCCCUUGCAGGUUCUGGAAGGAUCUUUUGGAAAAGUCCUGUACGCUCAGAGACUUUGCACCUGCCCAUUAGGGGAAAGAGGAACCCCUGAACACUUAUUUUUUUAAGAUGUCCUUUUUACAAUGAGGCACGUAGAGAUACCAUCGACCCCCAUCUGGUGAGGCUUGCUGACCUUCCAGACAAGCCUAAACUGAAUUUUCUCCUCUUAGGCAAAAAUCACAAGAUGACCCGGAUGGUCGCCAGAUUCUGCGCGCAGAUUUGUAGGUGUAGAACACCCCCUGGAACAAAUAGAUCACUAGGAAAACUGCCGUAGCCGGCCUCCUGGAUAUCCCAGGGGCAAUCUUCACGUUAGUUUAACCUUAGGUCCUUUUGUGUUCAUGCGACUAUUUUAAUUUUAAUCUAUAAGCUGUUACUGUGUAUUGUUUUAAAUGUCUAUUUCAUUCUUGUGAAAGCGGUCUCAGUUGUGCUUUUUGAACUGGUCUUUGGCCGUAAUAAUAAAUUAUUACUAUCUUCAAGUAAUUUUCAGUAAUGAAAUGUGUCAAUCCACUGCCAGCCUAACAGUUCCCUUUUUGAAGAAUAUUCUCUUUUUGAAGACUGCAAGUGGUAGAUCAUUUUUAGGAGCAAGGGAACUCGCCUCAAAACAUAUUCACAUAUUUUGAACUAGGUAAACUUAGGAAUAUAGGAAGCUGUGUUACACCAUAUCAGAUCAUUGGUCCAUCCAGCAGCUGCCUCUUCAAGGUUUCAGGCGGGCCUUUUUCUAACAUGUUUGGCUGGUAUUUAUUAGACUUUGUUAUUAAUAGGAUAUCUAAGAACUGAAUUUUAUUUUAGCAUUGCCAUCUUUGCAGGGGCUUAGAAGACUCUGCUUUAAGGCCUAAAGCAGCAUCUAGCCUUUCAAAACACCUAAUUCUUUAUAUUUCCUUCCUCUUCUUUGAAACAAUAGCAUUAAAUCAGUGUCUCUUGUUCUUAUGUACUGUUUAGCUUGAAGGGUCUUUGGAGCAAGAGAAGAAGCUUCGUAUGGAUCUUGAGAGAGCUAAAAGGAAGCUGGAGGGGGAUCUGAAGAUGUCUCAGGAAUCUAUCAUGGACCUGGAGAAUGACAAGCAGCAAAUGGAUGAAAAACUGAAGAAGUAUACUGCCGAGAUUUAAUAUUGAUCUCAAAUUUGAACUUUCUCAUUAAAAUGCUUACUUUUCUUUUUUCCUCCUUCACCAGGAAAGAGUUCGAAAUCAGCCAGGUACAAGGAAAAAUAGAGGAUGAACAGGCUCAAAGCUCUCAGUUACAGAAAAAAAUUAAAGAGCUACAGGUAAAUCAUAGAAAACUUCGUGUAUCUUUUGUGCCUCGGAAAUCUCCGUUUUUAAGGUCACUCUCACCCCUCAUAUACAUUCACUGCUUAUAUAGUGGUUCUAAAAUGAUAUUCUUCCUCAAAUUGAAUACCUACAUACACACUUAGUAUGAAGACACUAGAUAAAAUCACUUUAGGAAGAAUAGUGUAUUACUCCAGGAAAUUCAACCAUUGGUCUUAAGGAACCACUGGCUGUAGAUGUAUAUUGUCUCCUUAAUGUGAGAUGUUUAAGAAUAUAUUUGUGUUCAUAUGCAUUUCACAGAGAACCUGAAAUGUUAUAAGUUUCUAAAAUAAGUAUGCAUGCACUGCUUAUUUUACACGUGUUUUUAUUGAAAUAAUACAAUGAUUUAGUACUUUUAGAUUACUCCUGGCCCAGCUACUGUAUGGAGGCACAGACUUGGCUUAAAGGCCACCCUGACUUUAUAGAGACCGUUCAAUCCAAGUACUUAAGGCAAAUAUUCUCAGCGCUAUCUUGUGUUUCAAACGCUGCAUUGCAGUUGGAGGCCAACUUUCUCUCAAUUGAAUUACAAAUUUGGUACAGGACAUUUACUUAUUGCCUUUGUCUGAAUUUAACCCUCACUGGUCUAUUACCCUUAAUAUUGCAAGACUGUCACGAGAGUGCUUGGACCAAAACUGUUACUCAAAAGCUCUACUCUGAUUUAUCAGCCCAACAGUUAUUAACCCUGGAUUUCGAUAAAGCAAAGAAUUUAAUUAGGCAGCGCCUACAUGACAUUGAACAACAGAAUAAUUUUGCCGCCAUAAGAAAAUUUUGUCCUUGGUAUGAUCCCCCCCCACACACCUAGUCUCCUCCGCACAUCGGCAUCCUAUCUGCUAAACUUAACAGUUUUAAAAUACAGACGUGCCUUCACCUAUGCAAAAUGAUUAUGUCCAUUCGGAGAUGGCAGUAUCAAAUCUGUAGUGCAUGCACUCCUAGCUUCUGCAUGCUCCUAACCUCUGUGUAAUGAGGUUAAUACACCUCUUCUAUCAUCCAUACCAGGCUGUUCAUCCUCUGCUACAUUGUCCUUGCUUCUUGCAGACCAAGAUUACCAGGUGACAGCAAACAUGGCAAAAAUUUUAGCUGGGGCAAUCGGAAUUAGAUCUACCAUCUGACCAACCUGUUUAAUGCCUAGUAAAGAUUUUUACUUUUAGUUUAUAAAAUCAUGAGCACAGUCUACCUAAAGUUCCUUUUCAGUUCUACUCUUUUCAGUGGCAUAGUUAAACUUCUGUAUCUUAUUUCCCAAAGGCCCGUAUGGAAGAACUGGAGGAGGAGAUUGAGGCUGAGCGUGCAUCUCGGGCCAAAGCAGAGAAGCAGCGGGCUGAUCUCUCCAGAGAACUUGAAGAGAUCAGUGAGCGUCUGGAGGAAGCUGGUGGGGCAACCGCAGCUCAGAUUGAGAUGAACAAGAAGCGUGAGGCAGAAUUCCAGAAAAUGCGCAGGGACCUUGAAGAGGCCACUCUGCACCAUGAAGCCACAACGGCUGCUCUCCGCAAGAAGCAUGCAGACAGUGCAGCUGAACUUGGGGAACAAAUUGAUAACCUGCAACGUGUGAAACAGAAGCUGGAGAAGGAGAAGAGUGAGCUGAAGAUGGAGAUUGAUGACCUUGCCAGUAAUAUGGAGUCUGUCUCCAAAGCCAAGGUAGAGAGUUGCAUGUCUUUAUUGUGACUAACUGUUCUGCUGUAGAUUCUGGUUAAUUAAAACAUUGUAUUUUAUUUCUCCCCUCACAAAGAGUAAUCUGGAAAAGAUGUGUCGGGCCCUUGAAGACCAGUUCAGUGAAAUUAAGACAAAAGAUGAAGAGCAUGUGCGGCUGAUCAAUGAUCUGAACACACAGAAAGCACGUCUGCACACCGAGAAUGGUGAAUUUGGGCAUUUUUAGAAGACAUGGGCAUUCCAUCCCACCUUUCCAUAAAAAUCAUUGUAGACAUGUUAUCUACAUAUGUAUUAUUGUAGGAAACUGCAUUUCUGUUUCUUAAAGCGUAUCUUAGAAAUGUGGGUUGUCGGAUAAUUGGGUUUUUUUUCCUUUUCUGUGAUGUGGAAAAGUAAUGCUUAUACAACUCAUACAACAAAUAUUCAGAUACAAAAAGUCAGCCACAAAUACUCAAAGGCUUCUACUGCCUUCUCCUUUAGACCCCUAUAUUAGUUCCUGUUAACAGCUACAAAUGCACUGUUAAUGUUGAAUAGAGAACUGCUCUGGUUUUUAAACAUGAUCUCUGUGUUUAAAUCUAUGCAUAAGCAUCAGUAGUGAAAAACUACUGUUGAUACUCAAGUGGGAGUAUUGGGGCUGCAUGAACAGCAUUAGCAAGUGGCAUAAGUGAGAGAUUCACAGCUCCAUGAGAACAUUCAUAAACGUUAUUCAGAUUCUUGAGGCGCCAUGCACAGCGUCUGGUCACCCAAUAGACCUUGAGCCUCGGUGUUGCUCCCAAAUUCCUAAAAUUAUAAUUGCACAUGACACUUCACAGAAUAUGCCUUCAAUAGCCUCUACAUGCAGCUCAGAGAAAAUUAAAUCCUACUGAUAGCAAUGAGAAUAAAGCCCAUGCAGCUCGUUCUGGUUUACAACUCAUUUUCUCCAGAGUGAAGAAGUAAGGCCACCACUAAAAGUAUAUAUGGAUAGAUCUAAAGAAAAUGUAUUAAUCCGAACAAAAAUUAUCGAGAACUAAUGUUAAUUGCAGUAUUUAUCGUAAUUAUUGAAAACUGUAGUAUUUAUUGCAUUUUAUUUUAAUAGAAGCCAUACUAUAUUUGUUGCAAUUAUUGUGGACUGUAGUAACAUCCAUUUCAAAGAAUGGGAGACAGAGAUGGAAAAAUUCUAGUCGAGCAAGUGCACAAAUGAUUUAAAUAAGCACUUGCAUUGCCAUCAGUGAGACUACUUAGGAGCAGGUGGUGAGACUACUUAAGAGCAGGUGGGGUGUUUUUUCAACCAUCUCAGCCUAUGACUAUGUGAAUAUAUUUUUUUCCAAUAGGCGAAUUUUCUCGACAACUAGAAGAAAAAGAAUCUUUUAUUUCACAGUUGAUCAGAGGGAAACAAGCCUUUACCCAGCAGACAGAGGAACUCAAGAGGCAGCUGGAGGAAGAAAACAAGGUGAUUUUCCACUUGUAUAUCAUGCCUCAGAGAAGUGAGGAAUGAAUAAUCCUGAUAAAAAGAGGCAGGAGAGGCAGGGAACAUCAGAAAAAAGGCAAUAAAACAAUCAAAGCUGAUUUCCAGCUGACAUGGACUGAUGGAAAUUCAAGGACAAAUUACAGCAUGAAUGCAGUAACACAUGCAACAUGGAGAGGUAAAACAGGUGCUUUUGCAAAUUCUGCAGUUGCUAUUGAAAAAGCUAUGAUAAUAUUGCACUGUUACAAAACACACCACUCCAUAAGAUUAAUGUGUGGAAUUUACUGCAGUGAAAGCAUGACUGAGGCUAAAGAAUGCAAAUAAAAAAUUAAAAAAUCGGUUCACAGAAAGUAAUAAUGCUUGGUUAAGUAUUAUAUAGUCAAUAUUUUUAUGUUUGGGUAUAAACCAAAUGCUGAGGAAGAAAACAUCCCAGAUCUCAUAUCUGACAUGACUAACAGACAGAUGUAGAAUGUCUGAUUGAAACAACCUGCGUGCUAUUGCUACCCAUGUGGUCAUCAUUACCAUUAACAUUAUGAACCCUUAGGCAAAAAACGCUCUGGCCCAUGCCUUGCAAUCUGCUCGCCAUGACUGUGACUUGCUCCGGGAGCAGUUUGAAGAGGAACAAGAAACCAAAAGUGAGCUACAGAGGGCUCUCUCCAAGGCCAACACUGAAGUUGCCCAGUGGAGAACCAAAUAUGAAACGGAUGCCAUUCAACGUACUGAGGAAUUAGAAGAAGCCAAGUGAGUACUGGGAAGGAAAUCAGGGGAGAGCUUUGGAGAUACCAGGGUAUUAACCUGUGGUAUUUAUUUUUGACAGCAAAUCCUCAAUUUCUAGUUUUGCAUCUUAUGCAGAUCUGUUUUUUGCCAUUGAUAUUUGUUUUAUAAGCGUAUUUAUAUACCACUCUCCCAUAAAAUAUCAGGGUACUUAGAGCAAUAUAAAACAUGAAAAACCAUUAAAAGCAGUGCAAAACAAUCAUUAAGAUAGCUGGCUACUCAAGAAAAUUGGAAACUACUGAAUUACCAUAAAAUAGAGUCUUCAAAAGGCACCUGAAAGUCAAAAGUGGUGUUUCAUAGCACAGGACAAGUGACACAUAAGUGCCCAGUUUCUGGUUGAGGUCAACAGUAGGAGGACAACCAACUAACUGUGGUCUUCUGAACAAUCUCAUUUUACCCAAUUCUCCUUUUUUUCUAGUUUUGCAGCUGAUGCUAUCUAUUUUCUGUUGCUUUUCAAUAGGUGGUCUUCUCAGUCCAGUUGGCUGCCCCUCCCACUGCUUUUGCUUCUCUUUGGUUCUGUCUCAUGAAACAUGUUGUCACUCCAGGCUGUCCUUUCUAUGGGUCUCUCUUUUGUCACAUAGAAGUCUCCCACCUAGCCAGGCUUUCUCUCACUUUCUGCUCUGCCUGUACACCAACGCGGUUUGGAAAAACACCUUUGGUUGCAUCGUGGGAUACUUUGCCUUUCAGGAAGAAGCUGGCUCAGCGUCUCCAAGAAUCAGAGGAGCAGAUAGAAGCUGUCAAUUCUAAGUGUGCUUCCCUAGAGAAGACUAAGCAAAGGCUGCAGGGAGAAGUUGAUGACCUCAUGAUUGACGUAGAGAGGUCCAAUGCAGCUUGCGCAGCCCUGGACAAAAGGCAGAGGAACUUUGAUAAGGUUUCCUUUUCUUAUUGGGUAGCGGGCAGAUAUUUUGCAGGAAGGGCAAAAAAAUUGUGCUUGUUUACAGUUGUAAUCCUGAGAACUUCUAGGGCUGUCUUUUGGCUUUCUGUGAAUUUAGCACAAGGCUUCUAUGAGAGUAGAUCAAUUCCACCCUUACUCAUACAGUGGUGCCUCGCAAGACGAAAUUAAUUCGUUCUGCGAGUUUUUUCGUCUUGCGAAUUUUUCGUCUUUCGAAGCACGGUUUCCCAUAGGAAUGCAUUGAAAAUCCAAAAGGAAACAAACUUGCAAGACGUUUUUGUCUUGCGAAGCAAGCCCAUAGGGAAAUUCGUCUUGCGAAGCAACUCAAAAAACGAAAAACUCUUUCGUCUUGCAAGUUUUUCGUCUUGCGAGGCAUUCGUCUUGCGAGGUACCACUGUAUGUUUGUUUGGUAGCAUUGUAGCCUGUAUAAAGUUUAUAUACAUGCAACAUUAGACUUUUCAAUAGUAGUAGUAGUAGUAAUAUUGAAUAAUAUGCGCUUCAGUGGUAUAUUUUGAGCUGUGUGAAACAGGCAAGUUCUUCAGAAGUAGAAAUCCUGUAGGGGGCAGGCUCAUCUCUAGCUACAACAGACUAAUACAGAAAAAAAACCACAAUUCUACAUUGUCAUUAUUAAAUUGGUUGCUGCCUCUUUGGUCUAGAAAUCAAAACUGCAUCCUUAUGUUUGUCCCUGAAGAUUGAUUGAACACAAUACAGUUGGACGUUGCUUAUUAAACAUCCUUAGUGAAAGUAGUUUGUUUUAACUGAGUAGUUGCUGAGGAACCAUUCAGACAGUGUGAAUGAGGUGCAGUGAUUUUGAGCCCAUUUGGGGUGGGGGGGAAUGAAAGUUCAGGAGUGUUCCUCCCCAUGCCAUUGGUGGGCCAUGGCAGACUCACUUGGCAGCAGUGGCAGGCAGCACUAGUUCUCUGAGCAGACUGGUGACGCCCCCCCCUUUUAUUUUCACACAAUGCUUGAGAUACUAAAAUUGUCAAGAUACUAAAAUUGCAGUUGUCUCGGAAGCCAGAUGCUGCUCAGAGAACCAGCCGGGGGGGGGGCGGAUUAAAGAGGUCCCGGGGCAUGGGAGCCCCAGCACCUGCAUAAGGAUGCCAGGUGCUGUUACCUGCCCUGUGAAAGGCUCAUAUGUGAUACGCAACAUUUCUCCUCGGUCAUAGAUCCAGGAGUGGCCAGUGUGGUGGGACAGAGCCACAGAGCCAAACUUUCGACACCGGUAUUGCGGCAGGCUACCUGGAUUGUGCUGGGGUGGGGAAGGUCGGCUGUGAAGAUGGGGCUGUGUGGGUGCAGUGGUGGAGCCCAUCUGAUGUUUCCACCAGUAUGUCCAGAAUACCACAACACACACAUAACUGGCUGCAAAGUAACAUAACAUUGUAACAUAACAUAAAAACAUAUAGAAGGUUAAUAGUAAUAUGAUAUGUUAUUGCCAUCGGAAACAGUGCUUUGCAAUUUUUUGAUAUGACAAUUAGAUUACAGUUUCAUUAUAUAUGCUAUGUUACUUUACAGCCAGUUAUGUGUGUGUUGUGGUAUUCUGAACAUGAUUUACAUAAUGAGGCAAUUGUGGUGUGUGUCCACCAGUAUGUGGACCUCUCUACAGCGCAGUCCUGUCCCAGCCCUAUCCAGCCACACUGCAGCAACACCAGUGUUGGGAGGGCAGCUCCACCAGACCGCUACUGCAUACCCCUGAGUAAAGCACAAUGUUGUGUUCCUGUGCUAUAUGAGCCUAUUUGUUACCUAGGUGCUAGCAGAAUGGAAGCAAAAAUACCAGGAAUGUCAGGCUGAACUGGAAGCUUCCCAGAAGGAGUCACGGUCCAUGAGCACUGAAAUUUUCAAAAUGAAGAAUGCUUAUGAGGAAGUGUUGGACCAGCUUGAGGCUGUCAGGCGAGAGAACAAGAACUUGCAACGUAAGCUUCUUUUUCCUACAGACUUUAAUCAAAUGUAAGGUAUCUGUAUAGGGACGCGGGUGGCGCUGUGGGUAAAACCUCAGUGCCUAGGACUUGCCGAUCGCAUGGUCGGCGGUUCGAAUCCCCGCAGCGGGGUGAGCUCCCGUCUUUCGGUCCCAGCUCCUGCCUACCUAGCAGUUCGAAAGCACCCCUAAGUGCAAGUAGAUAAAUAGGGACCGCUUACUAGCGGGAUGGUAAACGGCGUUUCCGUGUGCUGCGCUGGUGCAGGCUUGCCAGAGCAGCUUCGUCACGCUGGCCACGUGACCCGGAAGUGUCUCCGGACAGCGCUGGCCCCCGACCUCUUGAGUGAGAUGGGCGCACAACCCUAGAGUUGGACACGACUGGCCCGUACGGGCAGGGGUACCUUUACCUUUACCUUUACUAAGGUAUCUGUAAUGGUAGAUUCACACAACCACUUUUCUCCUGCUUAGUAGUACUGGCCAAAGAACAGGCCUGCUGCUUUUACAGGUUCAGGGUAGGGAGAUGUUAUUCAGCAGUGCGGUAACUUCCAGCUGAUUGCUGCAAAGGUUCAUAUCCUGCCUUUUUUCCAGACUCAAGGAGGCUUAUGCAAAUUAAAACACAGAUAAAAUACAGAAAGCUUAAAACAUAUAAAAAUAAUAGUUUAAAAGCAAUUAAACUGUAGUAGCGUUAAAGCACUAUAAAAACAAAUCUUUUAAAAUAUAGUGAAAACUGCAGAGCAUUGUUAAAAGCUCUUUCCUUAAAAACAACAAAUAUAUAAAUGCAGGCCGUGUGUGUGUGUGUGUGUGUGUGUGUGCGCGUGCGUGUGCGUAUAUAUAUAUAUAUAUAUAUAUAGGACAUAAGUCUUUUUAUUAUUAAAAAAAUCUUUGCAUCUACUGUCCUUUGUGGGAGGGGGGAAAUCAUACUUCAAUUAAAUUGAAACAUUAGGUAUCAUAUUACUAAAGAUUGUAACCAUUACGAUAAAUUACACAAUUUCUACCUGCAGAGGAAAUUUCUGACCUGACUGAACAGAUAGCUGAAGCUGGCAAAAGCAACCAUGAAUUAGAGAAAGCAAAGAAGCAGAUUGAACAAGAGAAGUCAGACCUCCAAGCUGCCUUGGAAGAAGCAGAGGUGAAUAUGAACACUUUAGAGACAGUAUUAAUUGGCACUCGCUAUACAUGGUGUGUCCCUGCCCCCCAGAGGUAGCACAAGGAUAAGGACAGACUAAGGUGGCAUAUAUUUGGGGGGGGGGGGCGGGAAUCCCUAGCCCAUUGCAUGAAGUUAAAGUUUUGUGAGAGCAGUGUGUCAAUUUUCAUAGUGAAGAAUUGGACUGCUACCAAUCUGGAGCUUUGGGAAGGUUUUUAGUGCCACCUUCUGGUUAAAAAUAGAACAAAUGAUUAAAUUGAGAAGACCCAUUAGCUACAUUGCAAAGGGCAAGCCAAACUAGAAAUGCUAAUUGCAUUUCCCCCGAUGACUGGGAACGUGGACUGGGCAAACACCUAAGAAUAACAGGAAUUGUCAAAAGCCUUCCAGUCUUAAUUGUAUUAUUGUUGGGUAAUAUUUUCAUUUAUAGAAUCUGUUAAUUUUAGAAAAAAAUAGUUUCAAGAUGGUUAAUUUGAACAAAAUAAUUUUCAUGGGAGGACCAUUGACACUUCUUAAUUACUAAGUGUUUUAUUAUAAAUACAAAAUGUUGUAUUUAUUAUUCAGAAUGUUUGGGAUGUUUCCAUUUUACAAGUUGCAUCUAUGUGUCCAUGUUUUCCCCAAAACGAUAUAUUUUUUAAAAAAUUAACUGUGCUUGGGGUAUAUAUUUCUCUCCUGAGGUGACAAUGGAAUACUAUGAAGCCUGCUUUCAUAGUUAAAUACAAAACCAUAAUUGAAACAAAUAAUGUUGUUUCAUUGAUGAAAGGGAUCUUUGGAACAUGAAGAAGGGAAAAUCCUGCGUGUCCAACUAGAACUGAAUCAGGUGAAGUCUGAGAUUGACAGGAAGGUUGCAGAGAAGGAUGAGGAAAUUGAACAACUGAAGAGGAAUCACCAGAGAAUGGGAGAGUCCAUGCAGAGCACACUGGAUGCUGAAGUCAGGAGCAGAAAUGAUGCUCUGCGGCUUAAGAAGAAAAUGGAGGGGGAUCUAAACGAAAUGGAAAUCCAGUUGAGCCAUGCCAACCGCCAAAGUGCAGAGACACAAAAACAUCUGAGGAGCAUCCAAGGGCAACUGAAGGUCAGCCUAACUGCAUACACAUGUUGGGGGCUUUGUAACAAUUUGCAUGAAUUCAUUUUGUGGUGGUGUAGGGAACAGAAUUGAAAUUUGACUAACCUCUAUACAGUGGUACCUCGGGUUACAUAUGCUUCAGUUUACAAGCCGCCCAGAGUGGCUGGGGAAACCCAGCCAUAUGGGCGGGGUAUAAAUAAUAAAUUAUUAUUAUUAUUAUUAUUAUUAUUAUUAUUACAUACGCUUCAGGUUACAGACUCUGCUAACCCAGAAAUAUUACCUCAGGUUAAGAACUUUGCUGCAGGAUGAGAACAGAAAUAGUGCAGCAGUGGUGCGGCGGCGGGAGGCCCCAUUAGCUAAAGUGGUGCUUCAGGUUAAGAACAGUUUCAGGUUAAGAAUGAACCUCCGGAAUGAAUUAAGUACUUAACCCGAGGUACCACUGUAAUGUGUCGUGUUAAAAAUGUGUUUUUACUCUUUUUGUGCAUCACAAAGAGAGAGCCAAUGAAAGGGUUAUUCAGUGCCAAAGGAGAUUAUGAAAGGUAUGCUUAACAAAAAACAAAUGUGAAGGUAAUACAAGUUUAUCAAAUGCUAUUGGCCAUGAUGGUAAAAGGAUAAAAAGUCAAGUUCCCCGAAUACUUAAAUUUUGUCUUCUGGGACUGAAUAACAGGGAAUGGACAGCCUGCUAAUUAACUGCCUUGUUUCAUGUAGACUUGGUUUGACUGCAUUUUGAUCCUUGUCAUAAAGAUUCACCCAGCUAUUGCUCAAAGAAAACUUCAAAACUAUAACGUUUGUCUCUCUACCCUUCACCCAAGGGACUCAAGUUGCAUGCUAGCCUUAUGGCUUGUUAUAAUAUCCUGGUGUGUUCUGAUCCUUAUUGUAUGCUGCCCUGAUAGCUUUACUGCUUGGGUGCCCCUAAAACCUUUUGAGUAAAGUAAAGUAAAGUAAAGUAAAAUAAAUAAAUAAAUAAAUAAAUAAAUAAAUAGCAGUUCUGUGAGUGAGGAAAACUGACUGAGACUUGACCAAAGUUGCCCAGUGAGCCUUUUGCUGCAAUCCUAACCCUGACUCUGCAGUGGUGGAGGAGGCUCAGAUCCAGCAGAUGUCCUCAACCACUGGCUUCUGCCAUGACAGAGGCCCCCAGUGUAGCUGCAGAAAGCAUGGCAGAGGCAGGGCUACCGGUGGCAGAGGGUCCUGCAACAGGGCGCUUGGGUUGGGUGGAACAGAGAUGGGCUGCCAAUGAUCUGCUGUAUCGUAGGCUGCUCCAGUUCCCAGAGAGGGGGUCCAAUUUGGGCCAAAAAAAAAAAAAAAAAAGCAUGCAAGCCAGUGUGGCCAACAGGACUUCAGAUGCAGUGGGGCCUCAGCUAUUCUGUCCCACCCCUGUGUUCCUGGCCAGUUAGGAUUCCUUUGCCCAUUGUCUGGGAAUUUGCAUCUUGGCUUCCUGUUUUCCAAAAACAGCUGUCAAAUAAAUAAAAUAAACUAUGUGUUAAACAGCCAGGCUGGUGUUAAUACCAUGCUGCUUGGUAUAUAUUUUAAAACAAAGCUGGAAAAGGGUUUAAGCAAGGGUCAUGAUCAUUGGAUUACAAACUCUCUGGCUUUGAUUAAAGGGUGUGUUACAAGCCUCUUUCCCAUGCUCUACCCCCAAAAGAGAAUAAACAAAUAUGCCAUGUCAGUUUUAAUUUUUCACAGACAGUGGGAGAAAAUCCACUUGGAUAUUCUGAGAUGUGGUGUCUUUUUGCAAACCACAGGAUUCCCAGCUUCACCUGGAUGAUGCUAUGAGAGGCAACGAUGACUUGAAGGAGCAGUUGGCUAUGGUAGAACGCAGGAACAACCUGAUGACGACUGAGCUUGAGGAGAUGCGGGCAGCUCUGGAGCAGACGGAGCGUGCUCGCAAAGUGUCUGAACAAGAGCUGGCAGAUGCCAGUGAGCGUGUGCAACUGCUGCAUUCCCAGGUAUAUAGUCAAAGGAACAUAGGCAGCUGCCUUACACUGAGUCAGAACAUUGGCUCAUCUAUCUCAGUAUUGUCCCCACUGACUGUCAGUGGCUGUCCAGGAUUUCAGACAGUCAUCUCUCCCAACCCUAUCUGGAGAUGGAGAUGAAGCGGGGACCUUGCCUGUGCAACUCAGAUGCUCUGCCACUGAGCUAGUCCUCCUUCCCCACAGAGUGAGAGGCCAAAACUCCCUGAGGCUGGAAGCAAUACGCUUUCUCAUCCCCAGCUAGUCUGAGCCAGAAGACAGAACCUGCCCGUUGAUUCAUCCCUGGAGAAAUGCAAUAGGACACGUCUCCUCACAUGUCCAGUAUCUCGGGUCUUGGUUGUGUUGAGCAAAUGCAAUUGCAUUAGAUAACGCAGGGGAGUAACUGCUGACUGUGCCCACAGAACACAACCCUUCUCAGCACAAAGAAGAAGCUGGAGACGGACCUUGCUCAGUUCCAAGGAGAAAUUGACGAUGCCAUCCAGGAGGCACGGAACGCAGAGGAGAAGGCCAAAAAGGCAAUUACAGAUGUAAGUUCUCCAUCCUGCUUGCCGCAGGCCCCAUUCUACCAUGUGUUGGUGACUCCAUCUGGGAAGCCAUUUGUAUGAUUUUCACAAUGACAGCUGAAACUCUCAUAUUUUUGCAUCAGUACUUAAGCCACACCCGCUUAGCUAUUGCAUUUGUUGUUCAAGUUAAGUCUAGCCAACCAGUGGUUUCUUCCAUUUAUGGAGGCAGGGAACUCCUCCUCCCAGGCUGUCCAUGGUUGGCCAUAUUCCUCAGUUGGCUGCUACAGCUGUUGCUGCUUCUGCUUCCCACUGAUCUUCCUUCUCCUGGGGCAUAUACAUAAUGUAGGGAGAAGGCGUGUUAUCACAGGAAUAAUUGGCAAUACCUCUCAAGGGAGAGAAUAUACCAUCUAAGGCCCACUAUACCCUUUACCCAUCUGCCCUUUAAUAAUUUGUUAUCAAACUCAAGUGGUUAAGAUUAUGAAUACUUCGGACCACACUUCGAAGCAACUAUUCUUUCAACUCAGGGAAGUCAACAUAGUGUCCUCCAGAUGUUGUUGGACUACAACUCCCAUCAGCCCAGCCAGCAUAGCCAGUGGUCAAGGAUGAUGGGCACUAUGAUAGCUACCGCUUCUUUAACUGAUGAUGAAUUCUGGUUUUCCCCAUAUACAGUACUGGCUUUCUUGCAUAGUAGAAGAAAUUAAUAGAUGCUUGUUUGUGUGGUAGAAAUCCUUUAAAAUUGGAGAGGUUUCUUUCUCUCUUCUUUAGAGUUUGACUAAAGUACCAGCUGUUUCUAAAGAACAGGUUUUUGUUUUACUCCAUUUAUGUAGUGUGGUUAGCAGUACAGUAUAUACGGUGGCGCUGUGGGUAAAACCUCAGCACCUAGGACUUGCCGAUCGUCAGGUCGGCGGUUCGAAUCCCCGCGGCGGGGUGCGCUCCCAUUGCUCGGUCCCAGCGCCUGCCAACCUAGCAGUUCGAAAGCACCCCCGGGUGCAAGUAGAUAAAUAGGGACCGCUUACUAGCGGGAAGGUAAAUGGCAUUUCCGUGUGCUGCGCUGGCUCGCCAGAUGCAGCUUGUCACGCUGGCCACAUGACCCGGAAGUGUCUCCGGACAGCGCUGGCCCCCUGCCUCUUAAGCGAGAUGGGCGCGCAUCCCCAGAGUCAGACACGGCUGGCCCGUACGGGCAGGGGUACCUUUACCUUUUUAUAUGAAUGUCACUGUAGCAACACCUAGUGUCGAAAUCAAGCAUUACAGCAGAAAUUCAGUGCACUUAACCAAAAUAAAAUAAUAAUUUUUAAAAAUCACUCAAGGCGCUUCCAGACUGUAACUAUUUUCGGAUGGAAUUCAAUCACAUCUUGGCAAAUUAAGGCUGUGUAAUUGAAGCUGACAUAGCACUCUUGUGAAACAAACCCAUUUCCCUAAAAGAUCUGACUUUCCCCCCUGUAACUGAUGGGCAAAGUGUGGGAUAAUGUUUGCUUGACACAAUGCCAUUUGAUCUCCCCACAAACAAAUCUGGAUAAAUGUUCAUUAAAUAACCUCUCCACAAAUAAAUCAGACUGAGUGCUUAUUAAGCAGGACAUCUGGAAGCAACCUCAUAUAUCCCAAUCCAGAGAGGAUGCUCUGAAGUCUGGACCCCAAUCCAACUAACCAACCAACCAACCAUUGAAAGACAAACCAAAUGAACUAUGUAAACACACCCUGGUGAGCAGUGAGGUACAGAAUCUACAACACUAAAAAUAAUGUUGGGAGCUGUGCAGAGAAGUGGGCACUUACUGAUGUUACCAUCUAAUUAGGCAGCCAUGAUGGCAGAGGAGCUGAAGAAGGAGCAAGACACCAGUGCCCACCUGGAGAGGAUGAAGAAGAACCUGGAGCAGACAGUGAAGGAUCUGCAGCACCGUCUGGAUGAAGCAGAGCAGCUGGCCCUGAGAGGUGGCAAGAAGCAACUCCAGAAACUGGAGGCCAGGGUACGCUGCCAGAGCUCAUUUUUCAGGGUUGCUUGAGCUUGUCAUAGUGACUGAUUACAAGCAGAGGUUCAUGCACAGGGCUUCCACUGGUGGGUCUGGUUAGGUGAAGCCUGCCCACACUGAUUUUGGAGGUACCUUUUCAACAUGAUAAUGCUCAUUUAAGUUUUCAAAGAUGUAUUGACCCUUCCCCGUAAAGUUUGAUCUCUUUAUCAGAAUAUUCUGUUGUAGGUACACGAGUUAGAAAAUGAGCUUGAUGCCGAACAGAAGAGAGGAGUUGAGGCAAUCAAAGGAGUGCGAAAAUAUGAGCGGAGAGUCAAAGAAAUCACUUAUCAGGUAACGAUGUCUUAUUCCAUUUAUUGAACUCCUGGGAUUCUCCUCCAUUACUAUCAUUCUCUUUAUCUGAGAAAGACAGAAGCAGGUCAGCACAACAUAUUAACCAUGGAACCAGAUGAGAGGCAACCCAGGACUUAAAUCUUUUUCCUCCAUAUUUUUUUUGAGUUUCAAAGAAAGCAUUGCAACGAGGUUAAAAUACAUCUAACACUCAACUGAGUGGUGUUUGCAGAAAGUGUCUUCACAGUUGGAGGCAGUAUGUCUCUGAAUACUAGUUGCUGGGAGCAGUGGCAUUGCAACGGGGGUGCAGUGCGCCCCAGGUGCCAUGUCUUGGGGGGUGACACCCCGCUGGGGCUCGCCCCACCGUGGCGGUGUGAGCAGCCAUUGCGCCGCCGUAGCCACAUGUGGAGGAUCCUCUGUUUGCGGCUGCAGCCGCAAGCAGAGGAUCCUGGUGCUGGCGGCAAACCGCUAUGUACAGCGCAUGUGCGGUGUCACACACAUGCACUGUACAUAACGACACCGCACAUGAGCUGUACAUAGCAGUUUGCCACCAUUGCCACUUGAGCGCCGUACGGAUGGCGGUAGGAUCCAUCCGUGCCACUGCAGCCACAUGUAGAGGAUCCUCCGUUCGCGGCUGCAGCCGCGAGCAGAGGAUCCCAGCACCGUCCGUGUGGCGCUGGAGUGGCGCCGCCGGCAAGCCGCUGUGUACAGCGCAUGUGCAGCAUCGCUACGUACGCCGCAUGCGUUGUACGUAGCAACGCUGCACAUGUGCACGUAGCAACGCCCCACCCUGGGUGUCACGACCCCUUUGUUCGCCCCUGGCUGGGAGUCUAUUGUGGGGAGAGUGCUAUUUAACUCUGAUCCCGCUUCUGGUCCUGCCAUAGGCAUCUGUUUGGCCACUGUGAGAACAGGGUGCUGGACUAGAUGGGCUUUUGGGCUGAACCAGCAGGGUUCUUAUGUACCUGUUCUGCCUGUCAACUUCCAGAGGAUAACCAAACUCUGAUAUCCUCUGAAGGCACGCUCUCAGAGCCUUAUAGUGUUAGCAUUCCAUUUACAUUCCAUGCAGGCUGAAGAGGAUAAGAAGAAUGUUUUCAGGCUUCAAGACCUAGUGGACAAGUUACAGCUGAAGGUGAAAGCGUACAAGAGACAAGCUGAAGAGGCUGUAAGUGCACAAAUCUCAAAUGGCUCCCUUCAUGCUUAAACCUAUACUGACCAUCGUUACUCACCCUGCGUUCCUGUGUGAGGAAUGGCAGGGUACAAUGAAAAGAAAAAUGAUGAUACAAAUAAUAAAAUUAAAAUACACUGUCCAAAGAAACACACAGCUUGAAAAACACUCAGAACUGUUUAUCUUUAUCUUGUAACCCCUUUCAGGAUUGCACUAACAUAAAUCUUGACACCUCUUCACCCCUAACCCCACACUAUACUGUUAGGAAGACCCUGCCCCAUAACCCCUACAUCCUGGAACCACGUAGAACCACCCAUUCCUUAUACUACUACUUCCACAUGUCAAAGGGGUGUAGUGAUAACUCCUUCCCAAACCCCAAUUAUAUCUUACUUGUCUCCUUGACAGUGUUCCACCCACAGAAGUCAUAUCAAUUCUCACAUCACAGAACAGCAAGUAGAACCCAUGUCUCUCAUGAUGACACAGAUUCACUCCCAUGCCAUUUACUGUAGCAUUCAGGCACUUCCCAAAGCAUUCCUGCAUAACCAAGCAGAGGACAACCAUCUCACACGCUUCUAAUCUUCCCUUUCCUGUCAGUGUCUCUAUUAGACAUCAUAGAUCACACAUCAUAGAUCCUUUCAGAAUACAGCUGUCACUUCAGAGAAAGGGUGGAAUACAUGAUGCUUAUCCUCUGCCUCCACAGCUAGAGGCAACAAUGCUUCUGAAAGCCCAUAGCUGGAAACUAGAGGAGAGGAGUGCUAUUGUGCUCACAUCUUGCUUGCAAGUUUCCCACAAGCAUCUGGUUGGCCACUGUGAGAACAGAAUGCUGGACUAGAUGGCCCACUGGCCUGAUCCAGCAAGCUCUUCUUACUGUAUGUUCUUACACAGGUAUAGCUUACCUCCCACAAUUUCCAGCAUUCUAGUUCGCAUGCUAUGGUAAACAAUAGUUAAUGGUUUAAAACAGUAAAUGGGUCAAUUUGGGCUGCUUUUCCAUGAUCCCUGUCUUAGUGUUAUGUCCAAACAGAGAUUACGCUUUGCUUCAACAAACCACACCCGGUAAGCCAAGAACAAACCUUAGAUGACUGCAGGUCAUUGUUUGUCAGAAUCGGAACAAACCAUAAUCCUUCAUUCAGAUGCAAUGCUAAGCCCAGGCAUCAUGGUUUGUUUCCCCUGCACAAUGUCAGGGAGGAGGUAAACAGCCUGGAUUGGUGCAGGAUGUGAAAUCAAUAUCGUUGUGGGACACCUUUGCUGUCCCUUAUAUACGAUACCUUUGGCUCUGCUUGUGUUGUUGAUUUCAUGUCAUGUUUCUGUUGUGCAAGGAGGAGCAAGCCAACACGAACUUUGCCAGGUUCAGGAAGGCUCAGCAUGAGCUGGAAGAAGCUGAAGAGCGAGCAGAUAUUGCUGAAUCCCAGGUCAAUAAGCUGCGGGCCAAGAGCCGUGACAUUGGGGGAAAGGUAAGUGUCUUGGUGGGGUGGGAUGAUGUACUGGCGUAGAAGGAAACUUUUCUCUGCACAAGGAUAACACCUUCUAUCUUUCAGUUGGUACUGUUAAUCUGCUUGGUUUCAAAUUCCUACUUAGCUCUUCUAAGAAGUAGCCCCAAAGUGAAACAGUGUAUUUUCCUCCAUGAAGUUUAAAUUGCCUUUGAGCCUUCCACUUGCUACUGAACACUUGGUAUUUGUUAGUGGAGAAAUGAACAGGAGAGCAUUUGCAAUGCAAAUUAGUAUUCCGGUCAAUGUAAGUUUCAUAUUCACAUUAAAAAGAAAUUGUCACUCUAAGGCUGCAAUCUUAUGCAUACUUACAUCGGAGUAAGUAUCACUGAACUCAGUGAGGCUUAUUUCUGAGUCUCUGGCGAUCACUCGUAGCCGAGUAAGAUUGUCUUCCAUAAACAUGGUUUUAACAAUGAGUCCGUAAGUGACUGUGGAGGCCAAUUCUGGAUCCACACGUCCUUCCACAGUAGGGACAUUGGUUUCUGGGCGGGAGUUGAUCACAGUGGGGAUUUGCCAAGCGUGCCUUCCUCUUAGCACAUUUCUCUCCUGCAUCCUGAGUUUGAGUGUCUUCAAAGCCCAUGACACCUUUGGUAAAGGCUGUUCUCCAACUGGAGCACUUGCAGGCCAAUGUUUCCCAGUUGUCAGUGUUUAUACUACAUUUUUUUUAGAUUUGCCUUGAGACAGUCUUUAAACCUCUUUUGUUGACCACCAGCAUUACACUUUCCAUUUUUAAUUUCGGAAUAGAGUAGUUGUUUUGGAAGACAAUCAUCAGGCAUCCGCACAUGACCAGUCCAAAUGAAGCUGAUGUUGAAGAAUCAUUGCUUCAACACUGGUGAUCUUUGCUUCUUCCAGUACACUGAGUAUUUCUGGGUAGACAUUUGUAGGAUUGCAUUACACACCUAAUGUGGCUGGGGCAACCCAGUCAGAUGGGUGGGGUACAAGUAAUACAACAACAACAAAUGUAACAAGAUGCCCAAUGUAUGGUAAUUUUCCACCUUUCCACUACUUAGCUCCAUGAACAAGAACACCAAUGUAAACAUUUUACAUUUGAAUAUUUGAAUUCUCCUCCCUUGACUUGAUAGUAAGCUUUGCAACCUAUCCAUCGAUUUAAGUGUAGAGAAAUAUUAUCAAGCGCAGUCAUGAGCUAUCCUCCAAUAAAUUUGAAAUGGCAAGAGAUAGACACAUACAUAUGGUACAAAUAUCUUCAAUAAAUAUUGGAGUGUUAAGUACUAACAGAUUUGUAAAGCCAGAAGCAAUGACUUAGAUCAUGUUCUCCGAUUUCCUUACAAACAUGUGCUACAUAAUUUCACGGCAGCAUCUUCUCUGUGCUUCAUGGCUCUUAAAACAAAUAGGAAUUGUGUCCAGACUAGAGUGAAAUCUGGAAGCCUGGGCUACAGCCUGGUAAGGAUCUUCUUUCCCCUCUUCUUUUGAUUUCUCUCCUUUACCUUGCUACUUCUCCUUCAUAUUAUACUUCUGAGCCAAGGAAAUAAAAGCAGUUGCUUUUCCAGUUGCUGUGGUGGCAGCAGUCCCACCACAGUUUGUGGGGGGCAGAGGGAGAGGAGAAUAAGACAGAGCAAUUCUUCCACACCAGAAAAAUAAUGCAAGAGGGAGAAUUCCUGCCUGUUAGUUAGUCCCUUGACAUACUCUUGCUACCUACACUGUUCACAUAUAAGCUGUUCCGUUACCUCAUUAUCUUCUACAUUUGAAUUUAUUUUUGUACAGAAAUCGGAAGAAUGAGACGAACUACGCCUGAAAAGAUUCCACACAAUGUGGAAUUCUUCAGAGUGGAAUGUACAUGUAAAUCAUUGAACCUGAAUAAAAAUACAUUUUAAGCAACAUA